GCUCUACUAUUCACCGGUAUACGGUACGCUACUUGCCAGUGGAUCCAAUGCGGAAUUGCAGCUUGAUUUAACUUUCUUUUGCUCUUCAACAGCAACCGACUUGACUCGGCGCUAGCAUCUCUCUUUUCUUUCCCUCGCCGUCAUGAUUCGAAAUCAUGUCACUGGUUCUCCGCAUCCUGAAACUACCGGUAGAGUUGCUGGAAUUGGAAUUGGAAUCAACCGGGCUGGAAUACAAUCUGGCUUUAAUCCGGACGCUCAUCAUUACAGCUCUCAGAUGAUCCCACCACCGACGACGUUUUUCGAUGAUACUCAUUCCAACCCAAGUGGCUCGCUGUCCAUAGAGCAGGCAGAGGCUCUUCAGGCGAAACGCUAUCAACUUUGGCUCGAUGAAUACUCAAAUACUGCUGCUCAGCAGCAACAACAGCAUCAUGAUUUUACUUUUGUCAGUAAUUCAAAUUCAUGGCAACCUCAGCAGCAUCAACGCCAACCACAGCAGCCACAACAGCAACUCAAUGGUUUUUACGAUAACUGGGCCUACGACCAAUAUUCCAACUCCAACAUCGUGUCGACUAUUGCCUCAGAGACGUCUCAUAUGACUGAUAGUCCUUCAAGAAUUGAUACCGGAAUUUCGCGUCCGGUCGGUGGAAUAUCACCUUCUACACCAAGGACUUCAGCCUCUCCGUCCAACAGUCGCCCCACGAAUCAACAAAACUCCCCAACAACGAACAAAGGACCCACGAAGCGCAAACGGGCUAAUCCAAAACCGUCAGCUCCCGACAAACGUCCCAGACCGAGACAGGAUAGUGACGAAGACAGCGACGAUGAAGACAAUGAUUACCUAUUCGAAGGCGGCAUCAGUGUCGGCGUCGGUGGUGUCACUGGUGCAAACGGUAAUCGCAAAAGCACUGGUAGAUUACCUGGAGCUUGCUCGCACUGCAAGAAACUCAAGAUGAAAUGUGACUUCCCACUUAACGAUAAUACAUGUAAGCGCUGUAAGGCGGGAGGGCAUGUGUGUAUCGUUGAAGGACGAAAACCGCGGACGGCACCCAAUAAACGCGAGUAUUUGCUCGCUCAAAUAAGACAGAAAGAUAUGAUCAUUGAAAGUCUUCUCAAGCAGCUUCACAACCCCUAUGUCGCAACUCCGCUUUCUAUCGCGUCGUAUCGAAUGGCGACCUCACCCUCUGAUUCAAGUAACAAUAACGUUCUUGCCUGGCUUGAUCGGUUGCGAACAUCUGUCCAAGAUGCCGGUGGCAAAGCCGGCCCCGGGGCUUUUACAGAUGUACGCUUCUCCGGGAACGACGGAGUCGUGGACGACGAGGAUGAUGAGGAUGAUGAGGGGGAGGAACAUGACCGAAGCGGCGGACGUCGGCUGACACACGCGCAAAGAAUCGGAUUGGUACCUGUCCAUGAAGGUAAUGAUUGCGAAGUAGGUGAAGGGAACGGGAACCAAGGCGAUGGUGGUGGCGAUGACGAUGCGCUCCAGUCGAGUCUACCAGACUCGCAUGUUCCAUUAGGACUGAUUGCGAAUCUGAGCUUGAGCAGCAACAAAAAAUCCAAGUCAAAGAAACAUCGAAUGGAGGCUAAGUUGACGGAUCUCGACGAGGAAAAUCUGGACGAUGACAACGUUGGAGUUGCGAACGCAACGUACUUCAUGCCCGGCCCAGCCACAGACCUGGACAUCCGAGCAACUUUGAUAGAACAACACAGUCCCCCUGAAAUCUUAGUCCAUGGUCUAGUUACACCUGACGAUGUUGACAAAUUGUUUGAAAUUUUCUACGAACGAAUCAAUCCCUUCAUCUCCUUACUGGACCCUGUAUUGCACACUCCCGCAACGACAUUCGCAAGAUGCCCUUUCUUGUUUACUGUCGUCUGUGGGAUCUCGUCGCGGUACUACACCGAAAAAUCCGAGAUAUACCCAAUUGCAAUGCAUUUUGCAAAACAUUCGGCUGCGAACGCCCUUAUCGACGGAUGGAAAACAGUAGAGUUGUGUCAGGCGUACAUUCUGAUGAGUAUCUACGCUGUGCCUGCGAAACGCUGGGAGGAGGACCGGAGCUGGUUGUACACAGGGCUUGCCAUUAGAAUUGCCACCGACUUGAACCUCCAUCAAGCAUCUGCGACAAAACCGCAGAACGAGAAGCAAGAGAGGGAGAUGUUGAAUCGGAUCAGAGUUUGGAUGAUCUGCUUUAACUUGGAUCGGUCGACUGCGACGCAGUUUGGAAAACCUUCAACUAUAAAGGAAGACUACAUCAUGCGCAACUCGCAAGAUUGGUAUAAGAAACACAAGUAUAAUCAUCCAUACGAUGUUCAUCUCUGUGGAUAUACUGCUCUCCUGAGAAUUGUUGCCCGGUUUCACGAUGAUAUCUUCUCUGACCCUAAUUCGCCAAGUGGGUUGAAUAAGCACGUUGACUUCCGUGGUGUUACUCUGGAACACGACAAAAAAUUGACCACAUAUCAUAAAGAAUGGGAGAAACGUUUCAAUGAUGCACUUCAACCAGAUGAUCGUGGUUCUGCAUUCCGCUGUCUUCUUCUCCCUUUCCUCGUCGGAUACUCGCGCCUUGUGAUGUUUUCAUUCGGGUUCCAGCAAGGUUACCAACGAGGUCGUAUUCAGCCAGGGGAUAUAUUCUUCACCAAGUGCUUGGAGGCUGCAAAGUCUGUGAUACGAAAUAUGAUUGAAAAGUUGGCACCCAGCGGAUACAUGCGAUUUUCUGCUGAUGGACAUUUUACUUUUGCAUCGUUUGCGUCAGCAUUCUUAAUGAAGUUGCUACGACCCGAGUUCCAGCAUCUUCUUUCAAAAGAGGAAGAAAAUGACAUUUUCAAUCUCAUCGGUCGUUUAAUUCAAACCCUCAGCUCCCCAGCCAUCGCUAUCGACGAUCGGCAUACACCCAAGCUAUACGCUAGAUUCCUGGCAGGUUUGCUAUCCAAGCAUCGUCGAGAUGGAGCAACCGUGGGUCGUCUCCAAGCACAGCCAAAUCCGACGCAACAAAUGAACAACGUUCACCAACAUUCCUUCGGUGACGUUUCAAUUCCCAACGCCAACGCCCCUUCCAUGUCCACUUUCUCCGUCGCACAAGGACCCCACCAUAGCAUACAUGGACGACAACAGAACAUAUCACCGACUAAUUAUAUAUCUCCUGAUAAUUUCGUGGCGAACCAUGCCCAGAAUUCUCCCGCAACACCUAUGUACCAUCCAGAGGUAACAUACGCUGCUGGUGCUGGGGCUAUACAAUUCGGGGAUUCGAAUAUGCUCGGACUGGAUGGGAAUGCGGUGGGUGAAGAGGAAAUGCUUGCAACGAUGCAAGCGUUGAAAAAUCCUGCUUGGUGGCAGAAUAUGAUGAUGCCUGGGUUUUCUUGGUCGGACCCUUCUUCUCCUGGAUCCAACGUAUCCAGUUCGCCUACUCCCUCUUAUAACAACCAAACCCAGAAUCCCGCUCCCGCUAUGACGAACAAUUCGGGGUAUGGUAUAUUCCAUUCCACGCAGCAAGUACCUCUAUAUUGAUUUCAACUUGGGUUUCGUUUGUGUCUUGUUGCCAAUCUUCUCCUUAUCAUUUCCCGCUUUUAUCUUGCAACUCCUCUCACAUGUCGCCUGAUUUCGUUCGCCGGCUUGCUUCAUCGUCAGACUCAAUCUACUUUCUCAUUUGAUAUCGUGUCUCUGCUACUCAGGGUAUCUUGUCGUGCAAUAAAAAGUCUGUGUACUGUAUUCAAUUUGUACUACUGUACCUAUCGAUAUCUCUAACUUAUCCCAAUAUCAGUACUUAGAUUCAUUCUGUAUCUAUAUCAGGUUAACAGGUGC